UAUAGCAUAAGUUAUAUCCCAGCCGCAGUCUGUAAGAAGCAUGCAACUAAACAAAAUGGAGUUCGAAAAUAAAGUGAUAUUGGUAACUGGCGCCAGUUCUGGAAUUGGCAAAGCGACAGCACUAUUGUUUGCCGAGCGAGGCGCUCGGCUCGCGCUCGUGGGUCGGGACGAGGCGAAACUGCGCUCGGUCGCAGAAGAGUGUGUGAAACACCAGCUGCAACACCUGCACAUUGCAGCAGACCUGUCCACGGACGAGGGGUGCGAGAGGGUCGCUAAACAAACUUUAGAGCAUUUUGGACGACUGGACGUGCUGGUGAACUGCGCCGGAGUGGCAGCCAUCACAUCGUUGGAGACGGCGGACAUGGCGUCGUUCGACCGCGUGUUCGGGACGGUUGUCCGCGGCGCCUUCAACCUGACGCGGCUGCUCGCGCCCGCGCUUGUGGCGGCGCACGGUUCCAUCGUCAACGUGUCGAGCAUCGCCGCCACCAUGGUGCACGUUGGCAGUCUGCCCUAUGGAAUGGCGAAGGCGGCUCUCGACCACUUCACGCGUUUGAUCGCCCUCGAGUUAGCCCCCAAAGGUGUGAGAGUGAACACCGUUAGUCCAGGAAUCACAAACACACCUCUCCUUCAACGUUUGACCGGCCACACAGACGAGGAGCACGCGGCCUUCCUCAAGAACAGCGAGGCUAGAAUCCCGAUGCGACAAACAUGCGAGCCGGCCGACGUGGCGCGUGUGAUCGCGUUCCUGGCCAGCGGGGACAGCCGGCUGGUCACCGGCGCCACCGUCAAGGUCGACGGCGGCCUGCAGCUCGUCGGCCUCGGAGAGAUGCUUAAGGACCAGAACGAGCAGAUGAGAAAGUGAACUUGACGAUAUAUUUUUUUCUAUCUAUGUUAGCUUAUCGGGUACCUACCUACUUAUCAAUUUUAGCACGAGCAUAACAACUUUGCGCCCUCGUAAAACAAAUGACUAUUCCAAAAUGUCAAGAUCCAAACAGGGCAAUGGGGACCACCUACGUUUGUAUGGAAAUGCGCUCUAUUAUCUUCAUAUGUGAAGGUUCAGUAAAUCAGUAUUUAAUAAAUUGAUUUGUUAGAUAAUUUUUACAUAAGCAUUUUUUUUUAAGUGAAAAUGUUCCAACCUGCUACAUCAUAUGGAUGGAGAUUUCUUUAAUUGAAAUUAGAGGGUGGUGGUCAAAAAUAGUGGUACCUCGGUUGUGCUGUGUAGAGCACAAAUCGUUCUCAAUACAAGCCUUGUUGAGCUUACCGUGGGACUUAUUUAUUCAUUCUCAUAUUAAUGUAUGAUCUAGUUAAUUCUAGUUGGUUAUGAAUGAAGUGUCAUUCUCAUUAAAAUUGUAUCUAAUACAAAAUGUUCUGCUUCUACCUCAAAACCUGAAUAUUUAAAUAAAGCACUGAUCCCCAAUGCGGUAACUGUUAUCGCAAAAUAAUUGGUUAUUAAUUGCGAAGUUUGAAAAUGGAAACUUGCGUGGCUCAAAUUUUCACUAU